AUGUCUGGCCUUGUGAAGAAAACAUUCAUUCCCGGAAGAGGAGAAUGGAAGCUGGCGUACGACUUGUUCAGUCCCACGUCAAUUGGUUCCAAUCCUCCAUUGGUCUUGCUCCAUGGCUUACUGGGAAACCGAAAGCAGAAUCGUCAUGUUGCAAAAAUCCUAGCACAUAAUCUUCAGACACCCGUCCUUAUUCCCGACCUAACCAACCACGGUGAUUCUUUUCACCGCAGUGCGCACAGUAAUGAGAUUAUGUCUGAAGAUUUAUCUAACUUGCUGAAAGCUCCUGAGAUCGACCCGCAGUAUUCCGGUGGCUACGUUAUGAUUGGACAUUCAAUGGGUGGAAAAGCAGCGAUGUUUCAUGCAGUGAACCACCCUAAUGAUGUAUUGGGCGUCGCUUCCGUCGACAAUGUGCCAUACAAAAAUCCCAGCGAAGCGGACUCGGAGUUUGCUCGAUUUGAUCGAUUUUUCAGCUAUGCUAAAGAAAUUUUACCGACUACGUUUUCGAGCCUAGCAGAAUUGGAUCAGAAGUUGAAGGAAAUUGAACCAGAUAAACGUUUCAGACAGCUUCUUGCCAGCAACUUUAAAAGAAGUAAAGUCUCAAAAGCCAUUGAAUGUAAAAUUCCAAUCGAGGUUUUACAGCAGUCAUUGGAAAGCCUAAAAAUCCUAGAAAUCGAUGACUCUCUCAAAUAUUAUGGACCCCUACUGAUCAUCAGAGCUUUGAAAAGUCCUUUUGUUGGCGAAAUAGACCAUGAGAAAGUCUUUGGUCAUUUCCCAAAUUAUUCCACGAGAGAUAUCAACACCGAUCAUUGGGUGAUUACCGAAGAUGGUCCCGGAUUCGUAACGAUUAUUGAUCAAUGGAUCAAAAAUCAAAAUUUCGGAAAUCAUCAGCAAUAA